AUGCAGGCCAUGCCUGACACGCGCCACCAGAGCUUCGACGAGAUCUACGGCCCGCCGGAGAACUUUCUCGAGAUAGAAAUUCGCAACCCCCGAACGCACGGCAUCGGCCGCUCCAUGUACACCGACUACGAGAUCCUGUGCCGCACAAACAUCCCGGCCUUUAAGCUCCGCCAGAGCAGCGUGCGCAGGCGGUACUCGGACUUUGAGUACUUCCGCGACAUCCUGGAGCGGGAGAGCGCCCGCGUGACCAUCCCCCCGCUGCCGGGCAAGGUCUUCACCAACAGGUUCAGCGACGACGUCAUCGAGGGGAGGCGCGCGGGCCUGGAGAAGUUUCUCAAGAUUGUGGUGGGGCACCCGCUGCUGCAGACGGGCAGCAAGGUCCUGGCUGCGUUUGUGCAAGAUCCAAACUGGGACAGAAAUGCGUGGUGA